UUUCAUAAGAAGACUCAAAUGAAAGCUCUCAAUUGUCAUCACUUCGAUUUCAAAGUCUCAGUUUACGCCACUAAAUUCUUUUCAUCGCUUGUUACCCCAUCGAUUCUCCCCGCAAAACCACACAAUCCUUCAAAUUUAUCUCUUACAUUCAACCCUUACCAGUUCCUUAAUGAAUCAGCCAAAUCACGAAACUUUACACUCGAAGAAACCAAAAUCAUACAUACCCAAUUCCUCAAAACCAACAACUUCUAUACAAAUCCUGAGUUUUCGAACUUCUUAUUGCGCAGUUAUUGUAAAGCUUCGGCGUUUGUGUAUGCACUCAGGCUGUUCGACGAAAUUCCUCACCCAGACACUAGUUCUUGGAAUCUAGUUAUCACGUCUGAAAAUCAAAACCUUAGGUAUGAGGAUUCUUGGGGAACCUUUUGUAGGAUGCAUUCUUUGGGUUUUGUUCCCAAUGAGUUUACAUAUGGGAGUGCUCUUUCUGCUUGUAUAUCUUUGAAUUUUGUUAAUUGUGGGAAACUGCUUUACUCACUCGCAUUGAAACAUGGUUUUUCUUUGGAUGGUUAUGUCCGUAGCGGGAUGAUAGAUUUGUUCCUAAAGAGUUGCAACUUCAAUGAUGCUUUGAGGGUCUUUUAUGACGAGUCUUGUGGGAAUGUGGUAUGUUGGAAUGCUAUAAUUUCUGGCGCCAUAAAACAUAAUGAGGAUGAUUUGGGUUUGAAUCUUUUUCAGCAGAUGCAUCGUGGAUUUCCUUCACCAAAUAAGUUUACAUUCCCUAGUGUUUUCGGUGCUUGCGCUAAAUGUGAAGAACUUAACCUUGGCAGAGGAGUUCAUGGAUUGGUGGUCAAAUAUGGUGAAGAUGAAGACGUAUAUGUAGGGACUGCUAUUGUCGAUUUCUACGCUAAAUGUGGCCAAGUAGAUGAAGCUCUAAAGAAAUUUUCACGGAUGUCUGUUCGCAAUGUGGUAUCUUGGACUGCUAUCAUCACGGGUUUUGUUCAGAAAUCCGAGUUUGAAUCAGCCCUCCAACUAUUUAAAGAAAUGAUUAUCUUGAAGGAAGAAAUCAACAAUUACACUGUUACUAGUGUGCUUUCGGCUUGUGUGAACCCAGCCUUGUUUAGAGAAGCAUUGCCAAUUCAUUCUUGGAUCUAUAAAACUGGAUUUUACUCCGAUUCAUCAGUGAAGAAUUCUUUGAUAAACUUGUACUCAAAAACAGGAGCAAUAGAAUCAUCUGAACAGGUAUUCAGAGACGCGAAAGAUAUGAUGAAUCCAAGUACGGGGGCAGCGAUCAUCACGGCAUUUUGUCAAAAUGGGACAUUGGAGAAAGCAUUUGGUUUCUUACAGAAAAUGUUUCAGGAAGGUUUGAUUCCAGAUAAGUCUUGUAUACCUAGUGUCUUAAGUAUUAUUGAUUAUCUAGAAUUAGGCAAACAGAUACAUUGCUACACUCUUAAGACCAAAAUAUGCUAUGAUCCCUUAGUGGGUUGCUCUCUUUUCACGAUGUACUCCAAAUGUGGUAGCUUAAAGGACUCAUAUGAAAUUUUUCAGCGAAUCCCAGAUAAAGACAAUGUCUCUUGGGGGUCGAUGAUUGCAGGAUUUACAGAGCAUGGGUGUCCAUAUCAGGCUAUAGAGCUAUUCAGAGAAAUGCUUCUGCAAGAUGUUAUUUUAGAUGAAACAACGCUAACCGCUGUUCUUGCAGCAUGCUCUUCUCUUCGUGCCUUAAAGAUUGGCAAAGAAAUCCAUGGCUCUUUUAUUCGACAACAAGAUAGUAAAGCCAUAUAUGGUGGUAGUCCAAUAGUUAAUAUGUACUCGAGAUGCGGUGCUUUAAAAUUGGCUAAGAGGGUAUUCCGUAUGAUGCCUUCUAAAGACCAGAUAUCAUGUUCUUCAUUAGUUUCAGGCUAUGCACAAAGUGGGCACAUCAAAGAGGCACUUCAUCUGUUUCUUGAGCUGAUAACAUCUGGUUUAGAGGUUGAUUCCUUCACAAUAUCCUCUGUUUUAGGUUCAGUAGGAGAUCUAAACCAUUCAGACAUCGGAAUUCAGUUGCAUGCUCGUGUCCUGAAACUUGGGUUCGAAUCAGAGGCUUCUGUCGGCAGUUCAUUGGUCAAGAUGUACUCCAAAUGUGGAAGUGUUGAUGAUUGUUGGAAAGGGUUUGAACAGAUUGAUAAACCAGAUGUAAUCAGCUGGACAGCCAUGAUUCAAAGCUAUGCUCAACAUGGAAAAGGAUUAGAAGCACUAAAAGUCUAUGAACUCAUGAUAAAAUCAGGAACCAAACCAGAUCCAGUGACUUUUGUGGGUGUGUUAACCGCGUGUAGCCAUAGUGGUUUGAUUGAAGAAGGGUAUUCAUAUAUGAAUUCAAUGGUUAAAGACUAUGGAAUUCAACCUGGUCAACGGCAUUACGCUUGUAUGGUGGAUGUUCUUGGGCGGUCUGGAAGAUUAAAAGAAGCGGAAAGAUUUAUUAAUAGCAUGGGUAUUGAAGCGGAUGCGUUAGUUUGGGGGACGCUGCUUGCCGCUUGUAAAGUGCAUGGUGAGGUUGAGAUCGGAAGAAUAGCGGCUGAGAAGUAUAUGGAGUUGGAACCAUCUUCAGACGGAGGUUAUGUAGCUUUGUCAAACAUAUGUGCUGAUUUGGGGCAAUGGGAAGAAGUCUUGAAGAUCAGAACCGAGAUGAAAGGAACUGGGAUAAAGAAACAGCCGGGAUGGAGUUACAUAUGAUAUGGGCCUUUUAACAUCACAAACUCGAGUAAGUUUCACCACCCCCGUUUACCGGGUAAGAUUCUCGGUUAACAAAAUGGCACGGUAAGAUGUUUAGUAAAAGGCCAUCAUCUCUUACAAGGGUAACCGAUAAGUGGCGGUGAGGGUUUACUAAACAACCCGUUUGCAAAUCAUAAACUAGCUUAUUUUUUUAACUUGUUGAAAAAGUCGGUUUGGUAAGCG